AUGCUAAACUCAAAUAGAAAAUCUGAUAUCACUCGAAAUCGAAGGCUCCUCCGCAGUAAAGUUCAUGUAUUAUUAAAGCAUCCAGAAAAAAGAACUGACUACUACAAUAUUUUGAAAGAGAACUUAAAGCCUUCAGAGCUAGAAGACGUGCUAGAAGAUUUAAUGUAUUUCAUUCAAUCAGACGAAGUUAAAAAGCACAUCCUAAAACACAGUAAAACUGUGGAGCAGCUAAUUGAUGAAGAAACAGUUAUAAAUAAAUCAACCGGAUCUUUAAAUUACACUAAGCCAGAGCCUUUUAACCUCAAUGCUUCUCCAAGGAGAAAAUCAACCGAAAGUGCGUUUCUUAGACCAAUAAAGCUAAAGCGAUACACCCGAGUCAGAGUAUUGGAAAACUUAGAAAGGAUAAGCGCUGAGCAAGAGCAGAAAAGGCAAGACGUGAUGAACAUUAUAAAGCAAAAAUUUUUAGCAAUAGAAAAUACCACUGUGAAUCCAAUUCUCCCCAAAGCAAGAAAAGUUGUGAAGGCAAAAAAGCCUGAUUAUAUAUGAAGAGACUUUCAAGAAGCUUAUAUACAGCUUGAGCCUCAGUACAGGAUGAUUAAAAAAGAAAGGUACAUUAAUGAUAUAAAAGAAAGAGCAUCAAGUUUUUCGAAAAAAACUGCAAUGAAAAAUGAGGAAGACAUUGAAUUAAGGGAUCUAAAUGACAUGAUCAAACAUAGAGAAAGACAAAACAGGUCAAUGAUAAAAAGAUCAGAUACUAUGAAAGAGAUUAAUCAAAGUAUGCAAGAGCAAGCGAAAAUUAGAAGAGACCUGAUGGAUAAAAUUAAUGAGAGAGUUGGGAAGCAAAAGCUACUCAGAUAUGCGGAGAAAGUGUUUCAGCAUGAAUUAGAGAAAUUGAGCAAAGUGAGUAAAUCUUUAUUAGCUUAA